CGCAGUAUAUCCGAGUCGGGCGCGUCGUGUGUAUGGUUCUUGUUUCUGGGCUGUCAACCUUUGUUGGCCCAAGCCGUGUGCGUAUACGCGUGCGCGCGUGAGUGUGUAGUGUGCGUGUUUGGCAAAGGUCGUUUAACUUUUACCCCCUUCGCUGUUUUUCUUUCGCCUGGCGAUCGGUGGAACGAGGAAUAACGUUGUUUUGUUUUCGUAUCAAAGAGAGUUGGUCGACUAUGAAACAAUGUACAGAAAAGUGAGAGUGAACGUGGCCACGUUCGGCCGGUUCGCCGACAGCGUGAAUCACCAGCAGCACCGGCGUUCAUGAGCCCACGCAGUGCUACCGAUGCACGAUUUCUCUCUUUAUCUUACCCUCUAGUGCUCGUUUUCGUAUUCUCUCUAUCUGACGUUGUACGCAUCCCUCUUUUGCACGGGGAGUGCUGUUGUAACACGCGUACGCGAAUCUUUCCUGCGAGCCUGACAGAUCUAGCGCGUAAAGCUUAUAGUGAAACAAAAGAACUCUGAAAAAAUGACUUAGGACCCCCAUUAUCAAUUUGCUCGGCGGUAGAAAACAUCGAUAUAAAAGCUGUGCCAGUAUAAGAUUACCGAGAGAUAAAGACAGUGGAUCUCAUCGUGUCGAUCAGUAACCACUCGUAGAUAUGUCGACCGAAAAUCAAAACGGUUCCGCCGGCACUCAGAGCAACGGCAUCAAGACUUCGAUCAACGUGUCGUCGUCCGCGCGGUCCGCGUCGAACAAUUCGUCGUUCUUGUACAGCAGCAAUUCGAUGCUGAAUCGCGAUAAACCGCGUCAAGUGCCGCCACCGACGUUGCCAAAAUACACGGCCAGCUUCAACGCUGGUUCCAAUGGCAGCGGCACGACCGAACGAUUGAACAGAGACCGUGAAGUCGGUGGUAGUUACAGGCUGGCGAGCCUCGACAGGCUUGCCCUCAGGCAGAGGAUACUAGACGGGGAAAAGGCGAACGGCGACACCGCGUCGAUACAGACAAAGCGUGAGCUGUUCUUCAAAGGCGACAACACUGGAAUAAUAUCAUCGCCGUCUGUGCCGUCGGUACCGCCACCCCAACCGCCGUCACAGGCACCGUCGUCUGUGAGCAGCACGUCGUCGACGACGGCUACGACCACCACGACCCUCACCUCGCCUAACACAGCGCCACCAGCCUCCUCGACCGCCUACACCAGCGUCACGUCUUCGGCGCCUACCUCGAAGUCGCGAUUACCUCCGUCUACGGUGAUCCUGAACCAAAACGAUGCGUCAGAGGACAGCAAUAAACGGGAGUCCAAUAGGACCACCGACACCAACAAAGAGGCCACUGUGCUGCACCAUCCGCGGCCGACGCCGCCAACCAAGCCCAAAGAACUCGACGGAUACGUCGGUUUCGCGAACCUACCCAACCAAGUUUACCGAAAGGCCGUCAAGAAGGGUUUCGAUUUCACUCUCAUGGUCGUCGGGGAAUCGGGAUUGGGCAAAUCGACUUUGAUCAAUUCAAUGUUUCUUGCUGAUAUAUACAGUGCUGAGUACCCUGGACCUAGCCUUAGAGUUAAGAAAACCGUAGCUGUAGAGACUAGCAAAGUGAUGUUGAAGGAGAAUGGGGUGAACCUUACUUUGACUGUAGUUGAUACACCUGGUUUUGGUGAUGCAGUCGACAACAGCAAUUGUUGGGUGCCAGUAAUUGAGUAUAUCGAAUCAAAAUACGAGGAGUUCCUGAAUGCCGAAUCUCGUGUAGUGAGAAGGCAGAUCCCAGACAGUCGAGUACAUUGCUGUCUUUACUUUGUCGCACCCUCUGGUCACGGCUUGAAGCCGCUGGACGUUGAGUUCAUGCAACGUCUUCACGAUAAAGUUAACAUCAUACCCGUCAUUGCAAAAGCAGACACCAUGACGCCAGACGAAUGUGCGCACUUUAAAAAGCAGAUACUGAACGAGAUAGCGCAACACAAGAUAAAAAUCUACGAGUUCCCAGAGGUGGAGGAGGAAGAGGAAAAUAAACAACAUAAAAUUCUUAGAGAUAGAGUACCGUUUGCGGUAGUGGGCGCAAACACUGUUGUUGAACACGAUGGUAGGAAACUUCGCGGAAGAAAGUACCCAUGGGGAGUCGCAGAAGUGGAAAAUUUGGAGCAUUGCGAUUUCAUUGCCCUUCGAAAUAUGGUAAUCAGAACGCAUUUGCAAGAUUUGAAAGACGUGACAAAUAACGUGCACUACGAGAAUUUCCGGUGCCGCACGUUGGCGGGUGUCGGAGUGGAUGGAAAACCAACAAAAGUCUUAAAUAGUUUGUGCCCCCCAGGAGUGAUGAACAGUUUCAUGACAGUGUGGAAUCCCCUGGCUCAGUUAGAAGAGGAGAAGAGAGAACACGAGAAUAAAAUGAAGAAGAUGGAAAUCGAUAUGGAACAAGUAUUCGAAAUGAAAGUCCGGGAAAAGAAACAAAAGCUCAAGGAUUCUGAAGCAGACUUGCAAAGAAGGCACGAGCAGAUGCGACGCUCCUUGGAGCAGCAAGUGCGUGAAUUGGAGGAAAAAAGACGAACGUUCGAGGCUGAAAAGCUAUCAUGGGAGCAACAGACUGGACAGAGUAUUGAAGAUUUACGUAGGCGCAGUCUGGAGGCGAACUCAAAAGAGGCUGUCGAUGGUAAGGAUAAGAAGAACAAGAAGAAAGGACUUUUCUAACUCGACUUCAAAAAGGCAACAUGAAGAAUGAACUUUUCUUAAAGUAGUCAACAACAACUUUUUUUUGCAAACGAUCGUAUGAAAAAUAUGGUCAUUCCUAUAAAAGCAGUAGAACGAAUAUAUAUUGCUUAACUCUUUCACUGCGUAUCACUCGUAGCUCGAUCAUUAUACACAGUGAAAGUGUUCAAUCACAAAUUAAUAUGUACACCUUGUAUAUCGCUCCACAUUUAUAUGACUUCUUCAGUUUACAAGCAUAACAUUAUGCUUUCAGGAGUAAGAUGAAAGAGUGCUUCUUCUGUCGUGUUCGCCUAUGCUUCUUCGCGCUUCCUAUUAUUACUAUUCAAGAAAUCAUACUAGCAUAAUUCAAUUUAUGAUAUUGUACAAAAUGUAGACAUAGUUUCACGAGACAUCAUUUUCCUUAACAAGAGUGAUCAAGAAGAUAUUAAUAGAAAAAAUAAGAAAAUCUUCAUGAUAUAAAUCUUUUCUCCUUGCUACGCACCCUAUUUUGUACCAACCCCUGUGUCAUCGAUAUUUAUACCAAUAUCCCCAAUAUCAUUAUUAUAUGUCAUCCUGCUUGAGUUGUACUUGAUGUGUAUACCUAUAUCCUCAAUGUCUUGAUUUCGUCGAUAUAAGUGUAUGAUAUAAAUAUGAACAACAAACUCUUGCAGACAAGCCAGUUUGAAAGAACUAAUUAACAUGGGAUAACGUUGAUCGCUCUUGUACAAUCGUGUGUACCUUACGUAACCAGAAUAACAAAUUCAGUUGAUCAUAGAUUCGAGUACCGUUGCAUAAUCAUUUCAUCGAAGCAGAAGAAUCUCUUUCUACGAAAAAUCGCACACAAAAUCGAAACAUAUGAUGCAUCAUCAAACAUAACAUAGACGUGAAAAGUUGCUGUGUCCAGGUGUAGGAUAAAAAAAAAUUACAUUAAUGUCUAAAUAUAUAUUCAUAUUGUUUGGAACAAUUAGAAAAUAAUACGUUUAAAUAUAAACAAUACUUGCCCUAAGGGAAUGAAUUGUACAAAGGAAACUUUCGCACUAAUUAUUAUCUUCUAUUCGGUAUUCGCGUAACGCUUAUGAUAGAUCGAAUUUUGGCGACAUCAAGAGACUUCCAAAAACGAUAGAAGUGUCGCUCAUAAUCGAUCUUUUCGUUCAACGACACACACGUCGUUCUGCGACGGACGGUUGAAUGUGAUUUUAAAAACAAAAGCAGUGGCCAUAUAUAUAUAUAUAUAUAUAUAUAUAUAUAUAUACAUAUAAAUAUAUAUUUAUGUAUAAAUGAAUCAACAGAAUCUUAAGGUUAAGACCUAUUCAUGUAAAUUUAUGCUGUACUGAUAUCAAGGCAAAUCGAUCGCGAUUAAACUGAAUUGUAUAAAUAAAUCUAAGUGUGAGUUGGAUUGUCACGAUUCGAGACGGUGCGAGUCAUCGUUUCGUUUACUGUUAAACAAAAUAAUAUACACUUUCGAGUAUUAAUAAGUUGAACUCGCAUACUCUUGCGAAAAAAGCGCGCUGUCUCGAAUCCGUCCACGUAUAAGUCUGUAUCUAUAUCAAGGAUGGGCAAACAAAUGGUAUAUUCAUCUCUCCAGUAUUUUUAAAUUCUUUCGUACGCUUCGAAAAAUGAAUUUCCUUCUCCGUCGUCUAUUGUUAUCAUCCGACCUUUUGUAAAAAAUACCGGUUUGCCCAGUCUUGGACGCGUUAUCUAAACUAAUUAAAUUACUCGUGUGCCAAGACGAUGAGGGUGAUAAGCAUUUUAUAACGUUAGUACGUGAUUCUUCGGUUAUUGUAAUAUAAGAUACACGCGGUUUUCUUAAAUGCAAACGAACUUCGUUUUAAUUCAUCGGGAGAAACCACAUCACAUUCCUAUUUUGUACGCGUUUUUCUAGUUAACUCAUCAGCUCGACGUUUGCCGUCACCAACAAUCUAUGGAAAAGCUCAAACUUCAAUCUCUUCGAUUGCAUGGUACGGUAUAUUGGUCGUUUGAAAAGUAUAGAGAAAAGAUUCAGCCAAAAUAUGAAGCAAUUUCGACUUGAUAAUAACGCGAAAGCUUUUUCAAGCGACGCGUUAAACAAACGCUUUAGAUUCGGGCUUUCUAUAUCGAAGCAACAAUGAAUAACUUUUUAAGGACGUACACUUUAUAGACGGUGAUCGAAUAUUAUACAUUUCUCUGCACUGAUUAUGGUAAGCUCAAUUAUUAAACGAACGAGAUUCAUCAAUCACACACCGUGUGAAGUACAAAAUACAACCGUUUAAUACUAUGAAAUUGUGACUUUAGUUUUCUUUUUUUAAGGAACACCGAGACAGACGAAGAAUUCGCGAUAGAGUACUUAAAUUUUGCUUAAAUCCCCCAAUUCUUGAUCCGUUGCCAUUAAUAUUACGAAUGAAGGAAAUGUAAGUUUAAAUGGAUUUUCAUACGAUGCGGAGUUCCCAACAGAUUAAGAUUGCUGGAUGGUACUUCGAAGACUUAGGACGUAAAGUAGGAGUAAAAUGAAAAAGGCUAGUAUAUCUCGUCGUUGUAACGAUCUUAUUCGAGUGUAAGAUCAAUAUACGGUCCUCGUGCGUAUGCUUAGUUUACAGAACGAAGCUGUUUAUACGUUUCAAUGUUCUAUCAUCACGUAGUUAUUAAGAUCUCGGAGAUCGACGAAAAUCGAAAUGUAUUAAUUUACUGUAUGUGUACUGUAAUAAGUAACGCUUACUGAUAAUUAAUAGUUAAUAAUCGCCAAAAUCACAUUGAAGGAACUGCAUUGCGAUCUCCAACGCUCGGUUGCACGUAUUACGCGUAUAUUGUAAGUCACAAACAAGAGACGUAAGUAGGUAAAAAAAAAAAACCACAAACUAUAUUUUGCCGUGCCAGACGAAAACGAAGCUGCCGCCGCUACUUGUAGAACACGUUGUAAUAAUAUUAAUAAUAAUAUUCAUGAAAUCACGAUUAGUACAUUAUUAUACUUUAGGAUUAUGUAUUCAGUAAAUUAUAUAUAAAAGUA